AUGGAUGCGAAGAAAGGAAAUAAAAAUGACUCGAAAUCAAACCCACCACGGACUGAACCAAAGAGUGUGCCCAACGUGUUUAAGAGGACGUUGUUCUGCUGGAUGCUGCCUAUAUUUUACUUUGGCAACCGCAGAGACCUGGAAGAAAGUGAUCUUCCACCUCCGAAGAAUAUGUACCAGUCCAAGAUGCUCGGAGAUAAAUUGGAAAGGAGUUGGCUGAAAGCAGAAUAUGAAGCGAAACUAACUGGACAAAAACCGAAAUUUGCGAAGGUUUUAUUCAAGACAUUCAUCUGGUCUUACAUACCGGGUGGUUUGAUGCAAGCUACCUCGAUAGGCCUACGCACGGCAUCUCCACUGCUGUUCAGUCAAUUGCUUCGAUAUUGGUCCGCUGACUCCCCAGUGGACCGGGAGGCGGCCAUGUACUACGCAAUCAGUAUGAUCCUCGCUAACUGGGCGUCAGCUUUCAUGAAUCACCACGGAGUACUGUUCUGCCAGCAGUUCGGUAUGAAGCUGAGGUGUGCCGUUGGAUCAUUAAUGUUCAGAAAGAUAAUGCGUAUGAGCAACGGCUCUCUAGGUGACACUGCAGCGGGUAAGGUAGUGAACAUACUAUCGAAUGACCUGCAAAGGUUCGACUUAUCGAUGAUGUUCCUCCACUACGUAUGGAUUAUACCUCUACAAAUCGCCGCAGUCAUAUAUCUGGGUUACCUGCAAGCUGGAACUGCAGCUUUCAUUGGUUUCGCUGCCUUAAUCAUCAUAGCGUUGCCAUUCCAAGGUGGUUUGGGUCAGUACCUAGGUAAAAUUCGACUUCGCACCGCAGAAAAAACAGACAACAGGAUAAAAAUAAUGAGCGAAGUCAUAAACGGAAUACAGGUAAUUAAAAUGUACGCAUGGGAGAUUCCUUUCCAAAAAGUAGUCGGCCAGAAACGUGCGGAAGAGCUGAAGGAAGUGAAGAUUGCAACUAUUUUGAGGACCGUGUUCUUAGGAUUUAUGAUGUUCACGGAAAGAGCUGCUCUUUUCUUCACCGUACUCACUUAUGUCUUGUUGGGAAACGUAAUGUCUGCUAAUGUGUUCUACCCGCUGCAACAAUUUAUGAGCGCUGCUCAAGUAAACAUUACAUUAAUCUUGCCUAUGGUGCUAUCGUUCACUGCUGAGCUCUUCGUGUCUCUAGGAAGAGUCGAGAAGUUCUUGUUACUAGAGGACAGGCCAGACUUGAAGGGGCAUCCGGAAGAGACAUCGUCCAAUUUAUUCCGCAACUUAUCGGCCGAUGGCAUACCGGAGACCAACGGGUCUAUCCGACCGCUCUCUUACCAUCGGAAAUCGGAUGCAUUACCAGCAGAGCCAGGUAGUGAAAUCCAGCUGAAGGUUCCAAAGUUUACAAGGAGUGUAUCGUAUCAAGAGGAUACAGCGCUAGUGUUGCACGAUGUGUCGGCAAGUUGGACCGGGGACCCUAACAUGAUGGCGCUCAAGAACAUCUCCAUGCGACUGCGGAAGGGAAAGCUAUGCGCUAUCAUUGGUGCAGUCGGUUCUGGAAAGUCCUCGAUUUUGCAACUACUACUAAAAGAAUUGCCUUCGGCGACUGGCACUAUUUCAAUAUACGGCAAGAUGUCGUACGCUUGCCAAGAGGCGUGGCUGUUCCCCAGCACUGUCCGGGAGAAUAUACUUUUCGGUUUGCCGUUUGAACCCGGAAAAUAUAAGAAGGUGUGCAGAGUGUGUGCACUCGAGAAGGACUUCAAGCAGUUCCCGUACGGGGACCAGACGUUGGUGGGAGAGAGGGGGGUGUCCCUCUCCGGAGGGCAACGCGCCCGAAUCAAUUUGGCGCGCGCUGUUUACAGAGAGGCCGAUAUUUACCUUCUCGAUGAUCCUCUGUCUGCUGUCGACGCUAACGUAGGGCGUCAGCUAUUUGAGGGAUGUAUCAACGGUUACUUGCGUGGACGCACUAGGAUCCUGGUCACACAUCAGAUUCACUUCUUGAAGGCUGCUGACUACAUCGUUGUAUUAAACGAGGGCCGCAUUGAAAACAUGGGAACAUUUGACGAAUUGGUUUCGUCCGGCAAAGAAUUUUCAAUGAUGCUCGCGCAGCUGCAGGAAGGCAAAGACAAGGACGCUGAGAGUGUUGGCUCACGGAGUAUCGAAGAAAAAGAUAAACCAGCUCUAAAGACCAUGAUCAGUGUGAAUGAAGGCGAGGAGUUACAAGAGUUUGAAGCGCAGAAGAUGAAAGAAGAAGAGAGACAAUCUGGCAACCUGCGGUGGGAGGUGAUCUCUGCGUACUUCCGAUCGGGAGGGAACGUCUGCUUCAUCUUAUUUGCACUAUUAGUCGUUGUACUAGCCACUACCUGCGCCGCUUCUGUUGACUAUUGGGUCAGUUAUUGGACAAAUCAAAUGGCAGCGUAUGAGGAAUCCUUGGGUGGAGAAAGUAUCGAGCCCGGUUUGGACGUGCAGGCGGGUCGGUUCACAGUGGGUCAGUACCUAAUAAUCCAUGGCUGCCUGGUGGCUGCUUUGGUGUUGAUGGUCAACCUGCGGGUGUUCCCCUUCGCCUACCUCUGCGUCUCCGCCUCAGCCAAACUACACAACCAGAUGUUCUCGACUAUGCUGAGAGGAAUCAUGAGGUUCUUCGACACUAGUUCUUCAGGUCGUAUCUUGAAUCGUUUUACGAAGGACAUGGGUUCUCUCGAUGAGAUCCUGCCUCGUACUUUAUUGGAUGUCCUACAGAUCUACGGAACUUUGACUGCUAUCCUGGUACUCAACGCCAUUGCCCUUUACUGGACCCUAGUACCUUCAGCAGUACUACUUGUUCUAUUCGGCUUUAUGGUACGAAUAUACUUAAAGGCAGCACAAGGCAUUAAACGAUUAGAAGGCACAACAAAAAGUCCAAUGUUUGGAACAGUGACGUCAUCACUGAGUGGUAUUUCCACUAUCAGAGCAUCCAAUGCUCAAGAGAGAUUGAUUGAACAGUUUGACGACAACCAGGAUCUUCACACUACUUCGUGGAACAGUUACUUAAAUGGAGGAACAACGUUUGGAUUCUAUUUGGAUACAAUGUGCCUGGUAUACAUGACUACCAUCAUAUUCGUGUUCCUCUUCAUCGAUUUUGGGGACGCGAUACCAGUGGGCAGCGUUGGCCUAGCGGUGACGCAGAGCAACACGCUGACGUUGAUGUUGCAGCAUGGCGCGCGCAUGUUGGUCGAGUUCCUCGCGCAGCUCACCAGCGUCGAGCGCAUCCUCGAGUACACGCGCAUCGACACCGAACCAGACUUGUUCCAAGGAAAAGUCGAAAUGCCGCCAAAUUGGCCCUACCAAGGAAGGAUUGUGUUUCAAAACGUUUCUCUACGGUACGCGCCAAACGAACAACCCGUCCUUAAAAAUUUGAACAUUGUUAUCGAAAGCGGAAACAAGAUCGGGAUCGUGGGGCGGACGGGCGCUGGCAAAUCUUCUUUGAUAUCAGCAUUAUUCCGAUUCGCCUACCUCGAUGGAUUAAUAUCCAUAGACGGACUCGAUACUUCGCUGAUUUCGAGACAGGGACUGCGAUCGAAAAUUUCAAUUAUUCCACAAGAACCGAUCCUGUUUUCUGCGACAAUCCGAUACAAUUUGGAUCCGUUUGACAUUUACAGCGACGACGACCUCUGGAGAGCUCUCGAACAGGUCGACUUGAAGUCAGCUAUACCGUCUUUGGAUUUCAAAGUAACAGAAGGAGGUUCUAAUUUCUCAGUGGGCCAGCGGCAGCUGAUGUGUUUGGCGCGCGCUGUGUUGAGAUCCAAUCAGAUCUUAAUUAUGGACGAAGCUACGGCGAACGUAGAUCCUCAGACGGACAACUUCAUCCAGGAGACGAUUCGCCGGCAGUUCGUAUCAUGCACCGUGUUGACGAUAGCUCACAGACUGAACACGAUCAUGGACUCCGACAAGGUGCUCGUCAUGAGCAGCGGCCAGGUGGCGGAGUACGACCACCCGUACGUGCUGCUCUCCGACCCCAACAGUCACUUCUCCGCCAUGGUGCGGGAGACCGGGGAGAAGAACAGUGCUAACUUAUUCCAAGUAGCCAAAGACGCUUACUUCCAAAGUAAUCUGAAAGAAAACGCGAGAUAA